ACUGCAUGACGCUCAGCAGCUUGAAGAGCAAGCCGACAUCAGCUGAGUUUGCAUGAAGUACCAUCCUUGUAGCUAAAAUACAGGAAUUUACCACCACGUAAAAUUCAACAAUAGCAUUUUACAGAGUUACGAGUACCUGUUAAGCCAAUGAAAUAACUGUCAUCUGUCGUAACCACAGAAACAGGAAAGAGGCAAAGGGAAAAAUAACAUUACAUCAAACCCGGCAAACAAAGAGGUCCUUUUUUCAACGACAACAUUUUUCCUCCAUAUUCUAUAGUUAUGAGUCAUGUGGCCGUCGAAAAUGUCCACGGUCUAGAGCAGCAGCUCGCUGUCCUAGACUUAAGUUCAGCAGACGGACAAGGUGGAGGCACUAACAGGCGAUACAUUCCUCCACAUUUACGGAACAAAGACGCUUCCAAAAAUGUAGGAAAUGCCUUUGCUGCUGGUCGACAGGGUGGCUACACCAUAGCGCCCGCAGCCAACUAUGGUUGGGAUGGGGGGCGCAACAACUUUGUUAAUGGCUACCAUGACAACCGCAUGGCUGGCGGCAACUCUUUUAACCGUGGCCCGCCUCGCAUGGAGCGUGGCCGAGGUGGUGUUGGGGGAGGUUACCGCGGCAACAGAGGCGGGGCCUUCAACCCGAUCAACCCAGCGCAGCCGAUGGGCUUCGCUGGCUACGAAAAUAAAGACACAGGCGGCUGGAACACUGCCAAGGACGCCUAUAGCAGUUUUGGCAACAACCGAGGGAAGUCUGCGUUCUUCAAUGACAGAGGCAAUGCUAACAGAGGAAGGUUUGAGCAUGGUGGAUUUGGUGGUGGAGGAGGAGGGGGAGGAAACAGCCGCUGGGUCGAGGAGUCCCGAGAUGAAGGAGAUUGGUCCAAACCAACACCACGUAACGAACGCCUUGAACAUGAGUUGUUCUCUGCCAGCAACACUGGGAUUAACUUUGAGAAAUAUGAUGACAUUCCUGUCGAGGCCACAGGACAGAACUGCCCUCACCACAUCGAGAGCUUCCAAGAUGUGGACAUGGGUGAGAUUAUCAUGGGUAACAUUGCUCUGAGUCGCUACACCAGACCAACCCCUGUCCAGAAAUAUGCCAUUCCUAUUGUCAAGUCAAAGCGAGACCUCAUGGCCUGCGCACAGACAGGUUCUGGGAAGACUGCGGCGUUCCUUCUGCCCAUUCUCAGCCAGAUCUAUACUGAAGGACCAGGAGAAGCUCUUAACGCAGCUAAAGCAUCUGGACAGGAGAAUGGAAAGUACGGGCGUCGUAAGCAGUACCCCAUCUCACUGGUAUUGGCUCCAACCAGAGAACUGGCACUGCAGAUAUAUGAUGAAGCCAGAAAGUUUUCCUACCGGUCCAGAGUGCGUCCCUGUGUUGUGUAUGGAGGAGCAGACAUUGGCCAGCAGAUAAGAGAUCUGGAGAGAGGCUGCCACUUGCUCGUGGCCACUCCGGGAAGACUGGUGGACAUGAUGGAGAGGGGCAAGAUUGGACUGGACUACUGCAACUACCUGGUCCUGGAUGAGGCAGAUCGUAUGUUGGACAUGGGAUUUGAACCACAGAUAAGACGCAUCGUCGAACAGGACACCAUGCCGCAUAAAGGCAUCCGACAAACCAUGAUGUUCAGCGCAACCUUUCCUAAAGAGAUCCAGAUCCUGGCUAGGGAUUUCCUGGAAGAGUACAUCUUCCUGGCGGUGGGAAGAGUUGGUUCUACCUCAGAGAACAUAACUCAGAAAGUAGUGUGGGUAGAAGAGAGCGAUAAGAGGUCAUUCCUGCUGGACCUGCUCAGUGCUACAGGUAAGGACUCGUUGACUCUGGUUUUUGUGGAGACCAAGAAAGGCGCAGAUGCCUUGGAGGACUUCCUGUAUCGGGAGGGCUACGCCUGCACCAGUAUCCACGGCGAUCGCUCCCAGCGAGACCGAGAGGAGGCCCUGAGCCAGUUCAGAUCAGGAAAAUGCCCCAUUCUGGUGGCCACAGCGGUAGCAGCUCGGGGUCUGGACAUAUCCAAUGUGAAACAUGUUAUUAACUUUGACCUACCCAGCGACAUAGAGGAGUAUGUCCACCGUAUUGGACGUACAGGACGAGUUGGAAACCUGGGACUGGCCACAUCAUUUUUUAAUGAUAAAAAUGGCAACAUCACUAAAGACCUGCUGGACAUCCUGGUAGAGGCCAAACAGGAAGUUCCCUCUUGGCUUGAGAGCCUAGCCUAUGAACACCAGCAUAAAAGCAGCAACAGAGGACGCUCUAAGAGAUUCUCUGGUGGCUUUGGAGCCCGUGAUUAUCGCCAGACUGCCGCCGGAGGCACCUCUGGAGGAUUUGGAGGACGUGGAGGUCGCAACCAGGCAGGACAUGGAGGAACCCGUGGCUUUGGAGGAGGUGGUUUUGGUAACUUCUACACCAGUGACGGCUACGGAGGCAACUACUCACACUCUCAAGUUGACUGGUGGGGCAACUAGGUUCCUGCAUCUCCCCUUCACUCAUCCCUCUUCCUUCUUCAUUCUCCUUCCUUUCUCCAUACUGUCGUCUGCACCCCAUCUUUCUCCUCCCCUCCAUUAACCCCAACAACCCACGUGCAUGAUAUUAAACUAUUUAUACUCAUUUAUAUAGCCCUCCUCCCUCCCUAUGCACUCAGAUCUUUUAAUUCCAUCUUAGAGUAUUCCUUUGCAUCUCCACUUUCGUCUUUACAGUCCCCCAUCUUAUCUUCUUUUUAUUCCUUAAUUCCUGGUAAAUCUCACCUCUUGAAAUAUGCCUCAUUAUAAAGGGAUUCUCCAAUUUUAGUUGGUUAUUUUUCAACACUAGCCACAGAUUUACUUGUUAGCUUCCAGCGAGCAACAUCCUUUGGUUUCAGUGAGGACAUUUCAAACUAUUUUCCCUCUGUGGCAAGUGCUUGAAGGAAAUUAACCAGGUUUUAGGUGUUCCUUUAACCCCCUAAGAUUAGAUGGACACUUAAGAUUUACAGCGGGUUAAGUCCUACAAAACAGCCGGUAAAGACUGAGGGGGCAAUCCAGUUGUUUUUUUUUUCCCCACUUUAGAUUUGAGUUUUGGCUUCAUUGUGUUUUUGUCUGCAUUCAAGCCAGCCAGGCGUCCUGUGUACCUUCUCAUGUCAUCUUUGUAUGUAACGCAUGGCCAUGCUGUAAAUCACCGGCCAAAAACUUUUCUAAAAUAUAGUGCAGAGAUAGGCAAGAUGUCAAAUCUGAGCAACAUAUGUCUGCAUAUAAAUUCAAAAAUGGGAGCUGGCUGAGGUCUUCUUCACUUACACGACAGAUACUUAAAAGCAGCCACAGUAACAGAAAAUGUUUUAUUUUUUAUUUUUUCACCUUUGUAAAACAUAUUGAAGUGUUGAUUUACAGAGAUCUGACAAGGGUGUAUAACAGAGACAGAAGGGACAAGAGGCUGGACAAACUGAAACACCCAGUCAGUGGGAAGCCAGCAGACCUUGUCGCCCAUUAGCAAUGAUGCUAGCAAACAGUCUUAGGAUUUGUGGUUGUUAAUACCACAAAUGCGAACAGCAUUACCUUUGUUUGAAACAAAACAUAAUGGAGAAUCAUUUGUUUCUGUACUGUGCCUUUAAGAAUUUGAACUUUGUCUCUUAUUUCCGUUUUUUUAUUGCCAUAAUACGUAACUGGCUACAAGUAUUGGCCAACUGUGACUAAAAAAAAAAGUGUAUUUAAUGUCAUGUAUGGGUUUAAACAUGUUUUUCUUUAUUUCUAUUUGGAAGGAAACAAACUAGGCUUGAACUAAAUCAAACCUUGGCAAAAAAAAAACUUUACAAAAACUGCUAUGAGGAAACUCAAAGCAAUUCCUUAUCUGUCUAUUGGAGUUCAAAUUUGUCAGAAGGUCUCUGAUGAGCUGAUUCCCAAAAGCAUAUCACCACUGUAACCGUAUUUACAGAUUCUUUUCAUAAACCCUCAUCCAGAGUGGCUAAAAUGGGUCAAAAAGGAACAUUACGUUUGUCUCUUUUUGCUUUACUAGCCAGUGAGCAGAGAAUAACAGCAGUGGUUUUGUGCUUUUGGGAAACCGAGGCCUACUAAUUGACCUAUAUGUCACAUCUACAGCUCUGGUUUGAGUUGAGUUUGGGUUUCUCAAAGCCAUCUUGUCACUAAUUGUUGGAUCACAUUAUGUCAGUUACAGAGCCAUUAAGAGAGAAUUUGGCCUCGCUGUACAGCAGCAGUCUCCCUCUCAUACCAUUCAGAUAUGUGGUUGUAGAUAUAGAUAUGUGCCUCAAAGGCCGAUGCCACUCUCAAGUCAUAUUUGAUUUUAAAUUAUUGGUUAAACAUAUCACUCUUUAACCUUCUUCUAUGUUGGCCAAAAUAAAAUAUACUCUGUCCGACAAUUAUCUAUGCUAUGAAAUAUUGGCAAAAGUCGCCAAAUUCACUCAUGACCACAUCCAGCAGUGAUGUCAGAGCAAUGCUACAACAUUUUUCAGGUAUAAAAGUUUAAAACCACUACAUGGCUGCUGCUGAAAACAACCAAAUUUUAUCAGUGGCUGUUCAGCUGACUCUUAGUGCCACCAUGCUCUUGGGAAUCUGGCUCCGCUUCCACCACAAACAUUGAAACCCUUGUUGGUCAAAAGCUUCUUACAAGGGGGAAACACAACAAAAGAAAAGGCUAAAUGAGUUCAAAAAUUUAUCGCUCACUCUAUCCUGGAGAGUUACAUGAAAAGUCUUCUCUGAAAUAAGUCAUUCCAGUUUAUUCAUUAGGUCUUUUAAGAUCUGUUAAGGUCAGGGAGAAAAGUAAAUAACUGGAUAAUCUAGCUUAACCCACUCCACAGCAGGGACAGCUGGGCCUUUCCAAAGGAUAUAACGCCACACCUCCGUAGCACAUUGUAGCCAAGUCCUGUCUUACUGUACUAUGAGCGAAUGUGAGGCACAAUUCCAGACUUGUCCAUAGCACAGGACCAGCAGAGAAGAUAGUGCUUACCUGAUCUUGUGUUGGAGGUUUGAGAUUUGCCCAAACUGUGCCUGCACCAUGACCUUUAUACAUUCCUAUUACUACUAUUCAUUCAACAGAUAGGAGCCUCAUCGUUUACCGUUCCACUUUUCUCCUGUAAUGAAAAUAAUUUUUUCUCUUGCGAUGUUUCAAAGAGAUCAGCUAGGAAAGAAUCCACACAAAAGAAGGCAAGACACACAGCAGUGCUUUUCUAUAUUAGCACACACACCAGCAGCGUCUUGACACGCGCCUUUGCAGACUAAUGCUGUUAUCUUUCCCAGCAUCAAUGUGCGGCAGCUCCUCUGAAAAGCAGCAAUUUAAUCACAUAGCUGGUGUGUGCUGCACUUUGGCUAGCAAUGUCCCACUUCAGCACUGCUGGGAAUGUUUAAGGAGAAACCUUUCUUGGCAUAGCACAGUAAGAUACAGGAAAGAUGAGGUGUGCUUGUAGAAAAGUGGCAUAACAGAACUAAAACCACACGUAAGAAGAUCACAUGAUUUUUUUUGUGACUUAAUCAAUGCCUGAUCCCUGGUUAGCCCUACUUGGUAGGCCCUGCUGUGGAACCAGGCAACAAGGGACAGUUAACCUGCACCCAGGAUGUCCAUGUUUCAUCCCUGAUUACAUUUCUAAAAGGAACUCCACUGGAAAUUUGGACGGUUCAGUGGUGAAAGUCCAAUCCCCACUGUGUUAAUGAGCAGCCAAAAAAUGCUCUGUUGCUACCUGGUGGGGAAAAUUGUUAAUUGUUCAUCAGGGUUGACUUGUUUUGUUUACAUGAACAACUUUAGUGGAAUGAAAAUACAGAUUAAAUGUAAAUAGUUGUACUCUUCUUAAAACAAAUAGAGAAUCUCCACUGAAAAAGAAUGUGACUAAUCAAAUAUGAAUUAAGUGAAACAUGAUGUGUAAAAAAAAAUAAAAAAAUAAAAAAAAGAAGAAGAAGAAAAUUCCGUUUGAUCACUCGACGUUGGACCAGGCAGUGUCUUGUGAGCUUAGUUCAGUGGGCAAUUUGAACAAAGUCGGCAGAUUCAUUCUUUAGAGACUAACUAAUUUUCCCUCAAAUUGCCCACUGGCUUUGACAAAUGACAAGGCUGGACCAAGACAAUAAAACAUAUGCAAGUGUUGUUGUUUUUUGGUCAAGGAGUUAAAUGCCAAGCAAAUAAAUACAAUUACAAUUAAAUACAGCAGGCUUUAGUUAUGUUAGAACUCUGAUUUUUCCCGUCCUCUAUGAUUUUUAGACUACUUUUUAAUCACAUGUCAUGUUUGGGUCAAUUUGCAAAGCUGUUUUCCUCGAGUACAGCUGGUAGGUUUUGGGAAACUAGUUGGCUUUGACAUAAUUUUUUUGAAGAGUUUCGGGACGAGUAAUGCUGGAGGACUCAGGAUUCGAGCAGACAGCAGGUCGCAAACAAACUAGAUUUUCCAAAAGCUACUUGGUGUGUCAGUGCACCAACUUCUUGUGUCAGAAUUUCUGGUGGGAGAAAUGAGUUCAGUGAUACAUUAUAUCUCACUAAACCUUGUUCACCUUCCUGUGGCCAAGAUAAGGGGCCACACAACGUGCCCAAAUGCACCAAAAACAGGAAAUUACUUUCUGUAUUCUUUCAGUGUGUGGAUCAACUGUUACUAACCGUGACUGUAGCACAAAGCAUUGUAUUGUUGCUAUAGUUAAACUACUAUGAGCACCAGUUAAAACAGUUUGUUGACCAGAACUGUGUUUGAGGUGUCCCAAUAGAUGAUUUUUGCACCAAUCAAGGAAUUUUCGUGUGGCCAUGAUAUGAAUAACAAACAUUUAUAAUUUCAGCAGUUGUAGACGGUCUCCAUCUUCAAUUUCCUAAAAGAACUGUUACUGUUCCGUAUGAAGGAAUAACCAGCAGGAAGAUAGACAUCAGUAACAGGAUAAGAUGUUGAAGAUAACCGUGCAAAUGACAAUCAGUUAUGAAGGAUUUGCUUAGUUUGAAACUCACUUCACACAUCAACAGAACUCUUAAGUUUAACUUUUUUAACAGUCUUGGACACCUAACCAGAUGUCUUGUCGGCAGUUAAUUGAUAACCGUCGCAUUUUAAACAUGCAAGUCCAACUCAUGUCCUCAACCAUUUGGGAGAAGGAUCUGCACAGGCCAAAUUAAAGCUCCUCACAUCACAGUUGAAGAUGCACUCUCUGAUUUCGUUAUAGCACUCAGUGGUGUCCGUCACUCCCCAAAGUUUCCACCCAGAUAGUUGUUUGUUUUGGAGCUCACACAAAUGACUGAAUUUGAGCGCUAUCAGGCACUGUUAGAAAAAUUCACCCAUUUUAUGCUUGACUGAAUUAUAAACUGUCAUAUAUUCCCUGUGUGAGGGGAUAUUGUCAGGAUGUGUUACUUGAAUCCAUGGCUGAGGCCGACCACAAACUUAGUAUGCAGCUAGUUCAGUCUCUUAUGUUUUAAUAAUAAUGCUAAGUAUGUUAAAAUGCUGUUCUCAAAGCCUAAAGUCCAAGGCAUACCGUUAAUAAGGAAAUACAGUGAGCAACAAAACCACUUGAAUGAAUCUGGCUCAGCGUGUAGACAUCGCUGUGCCUUGUAAGAGCCACUGGGGUGCAGAUGGUAUAAUUGUGAACAAAUGAAGGGAUGACUGAGCAUUUCACGUGCAGUGAUAAAGAUGCUAGGGACUGCUGAUAAAAUAAAAGAGAUGAGUGAUUAGUUGAAUGCUGAUAGUGCAGAUAGGGAUUUGAGUUAUACAGCAGGGAAUCAUGGAGGGUAAAACUUCAGUUCACCUAUCGUUUCGUCUUGUUUAGCCUAUAGAGCAAUCUUGUCGAGUAGUGUUCAGAGUAUGCACAUAUAUAUGCAAUGUAUUUAGGUCUUUUUCUAUGGCAGAUGCAUAUCUGUCAGCUGUAAUUACCAUUGAGCUGUGUUGGCGCAACACUUAACUACCACUGUGCCCCAAACCCUCAUCCCAGCUCGUCAAAAUGCCCCCUUGGGCACUGGACUUCUGCAGUAAGUGCAGUAGAGAUCCGUUGUUUGUGGUUUGCUUUCACUUUGCCGUCACCGAGAUUCUCUGCAUGAGUUUAGCUAGGGAUGUUUUCUGUCUGCUUUGUUCGGAUUACUGUGGAGCACAAGUGAAUUCAGCCCAAAUUCUGACGUGUGCGCAGUGCCUUGAAAGUCUAAAACGUGUUAGUUAGGGCUGGGUAUUUUUCAGCGUGGGUGAAAAAUCUAAAUUAUUAUUUAACAACUUCUUUUAUACUGUAGAAACUGAUAAAAGUAAAUACAAUAUUCAGUAGUGGGAAUGCAUGUGACCUCACUGUACGUCGAAGUCACCUUGGUUGUUCACCCUGGAUUGGAAAACACAGGGGUAACAGGGUGUGUUCACUAUGAAAAAACAAAAUUGAAACAUUGCUUCAAACAUUGUUUCAGCUUUUAAGUAAAAAUAACCUGCUAAACAUUAGCAUGUUAACAUCAUCAUUGUGAGCAUAUUAGCAUGCUGAUGUUGGCAUUUAGCUGUACCUACGUACAGCCUCGCAGAGCUGCUGGCAUGGCUGUUCAAGUUGGUUUUGUUUUUCUCACGGUAUCGCAGCUCUUCCCAUUUAUUGAAGCCACAGCAGGUCUGUUUUUGCCACUCGGGGGUGUGUGUGUGUGUGUGUGUGUGUGUGUGUGUGUGGUUGCGUGGUAUCACGUGAACAAAUACAUACCCUCUACUGUAAAUUAGUUUAAAUGUAACAUUUGUUUGGACCAUAAGCUUUAUGUUAUUUAGAAGUAAACUCCACUGCUCGGUUUAUUUCUUCUGAAAGAAAACUCAAAGUUCUCAUUUAAAAAUCCAGCACUUUAGUUUUUGGUUUUUGAAUAUUUUCAAAACCUUUUGAUGCCUUAAAUUCAAGGGUGAUACCCAGCCCUAAUGGAGAUAGUGAAGUUGGUUCCACUGUAUACAGACAUGCUGACAGUGUCACCAUGGCAAAUGAUUGUGUCACUACAGUAACUAGCUUACCAGCAGGAGUGCUUCGAUUGUCCGUGAACAAUUAUUGGUGCUAUGCUCCCAUUGCUGCGGCCUGAAGGCCCCUCUGUUGUAGAGAAGUGACAGAAAGACUUAAAUCCCACCGAGUUUUACAGAAAAUACUUGAGUUACUUAUUUUAAUAUUCAACUAAAGUCUUCUGUAAUAACAUAUCCUUCAAAACCUCCGGGAGGUAUGAAGGAGUGAGCGAGUGUUUGAAGUGUAGCGCAGUUAGGUUUCAAAAAGAGAGGUUUUUCCACGUGUGUGUGUGUGUGUGUGUGUGUGUGUGUGUGUGUGUGUGUGUUGUAUGGAAAGGUUCUUCCUUGUUUUUUGGGACCGGGUGAAGUUCUAGUUAACAGCAACCACAGGAUUCAGCUGUUUGCACACAGAGUUCUCGAGUCUACUUUCGCUGCUAGUUUGUGUAAUUUAUCAAGCAUUUUUGAGAAGUAUUUAUUUUUAUAAGCCUAACACAAAAGUUGAUAUUUUACAAAGUGACUUGACCAAAAGACAGAAAACAAAAACACUGGCACUUGAAUGUUGAAUGUCAUUGGUAUGAGUGAAAAUUUAUAUUUUUCUGGGGUAGUGUGAGCUUUUUAAUGUUAAAGAUGCAACGUGUGAGGAUUUCUCUUUGAAUGUGUCACAGUAACAAGCUGUGAUGAAUCCAAAAAUACCAAAACUGUCACUUAAAAUCAUCUGCUUUUCAGAAAUCUGUGUUAAGGCGUGUACAUCUUUUCGUGUUUACCUUUUUUGCUGAAGCUUUUUGUUUUGCGGUGUAUUGUAAUUAUCUGCAUUCAUAGACAAAAUAACCAAUUAGAAAUGUCAGUUUUUGGUUAGUCCAGUGAAUUAAAUUAAUGCCUCAAUGUUGCCAUAAUGCGGUUCUGCCCAUGAAGGUUAGGUGCCACAAUAUAAACGGUACAAAAUCUCAGACGGUUGACAAAUUUGGAUCGCCUCCCAUAUUGCCCACCGACAAAAUCAAUCGCUUCCUUUUUUAUUUUGUUUUAAGGUUGGCACCCAACUUCUACCUCCCGCUUGCGGUUGUUGUUACAUGGUUUGUUUUGAUGCAAAGUCCGACGGCCGUACCGCGGCUCUUCCCUUCGCUGUCUGUUACAGCAUUUGUAAAGAUGUGCAUGCUGUGUCACACAAGGCCACAUAGUGAAGCACUGACAGUUAUAUUACAGUUGAUGCGACUGUGACAUAUUAAGAGAAACAUCCUACACAGGUUACCUUUAAAGUCACAUUGGACUCAGUAUCAGAUCCAUAAACCUGUUUGUGCGACAGGUUCCAUUGCCAAUAAUGAUAAUCAACCAUAAACAGCCAUUUUUUAAUUGGCAAACAAAAAUUUGAGACAGUAACAACGUAUAUGCCAAGGUUUGGAUUAAAGAAAAAAAAUUAACAAAACGUUACGAAGACCAUUUUGUAAAAAACUAAAAACAAAACAUGCAGUACAAAAAACAAGUGUUCAGAUUCUCUCCAGGUCAAAUGUUGUUGUUUUUUUCAUUUUAAGUCUUUACACUUUUCCUUCCCGUUAAUACCCUUGUUGUGAAUGUCUGGCAAGUGGUGAUCUUCAAAAGUCUUCAUAACACAGAAUUAACUGUGUUUCUACUGCUAUGUUGUUGUGAUUUGCAUAUUUUCAGGCGUCACAGUGUUAAUGCCCAUAUGUGGGAGCUUCUGGCCAAUCAGAAAUGGGGAAAGGACGACCUGAUGACGUCCGUCCAGGUGUCUUUUACAUGAGUGACUCGCAGCUGAUCCGUAGGAGUCUUCAUCGGUCUCUUGCAUGAGAAUAUAUCGCAGCUGUUUGGAUUUUUACUUUUAGCACAGACAUUCUGCAGUUGUACUACAACAGUAGCCUCAAUGGACCAGAAUGCAGUGCGGCACUCGCAAAGCCACUAUCAAUGGCAGAUCAAAGAUAUGGUACACAGGUGAAUCGUCACACUUUACUGCCUUUUGUAUGCAGAAACACACACACAAAACGGCAAAAAGCAUUCUGCAAGACAAAUACGGGGACACAAAACAAAUCCAACGCUCUGCCGCUUUAUUUUACUUUCACUUCAACAAACCUCAGAGGGUUAUUCAUAUUUAGGAAUGAUUGCCGUUUAGUGACUGAACUGAAAUUAAAUGAAGCCCAGAGUUGUCGCCGUUACUGACUGGCCAGACCCCUCAUUGUGGACACACACACCGGCCUGGUAGUUAGUAUUUGCUUUAUGUAUUAGUUUAGCAGUUGUGCACGAAGAGGAGCACUGCACGAAGAAAGAAAAAAAAAAAACUGUGCAUCUAUUCUGAUUUUACCACAAAUAAAGGUUUGGAUUUGCAAAUGUAA